CUCAUCAAAUGCCCAACAGCACCUCCAUCACCGAGUUCCUCCUCCUGGCAUUCGCAGACACGCGGGAGCUGCAGCUCCUGCACUUCGCGCUCUUCCUGGGCAUCUACCUGGCUGCCCUCCUGGGCAACGGCCUCAUCCUCACAGCUGUAGCCUGCAACCACCGCCUCCACACCCCCAUGUACUUCUUCCUCUUCAACCUCGCCCUCCUCGACCUGGGAUGCAUCUCCACCACUCUCCCCAAAGCCAUGGCCAAUGCCAUCAGGAACACCAGGGCCAUCUCCUAUCAAGGGUGUGCUGCCCAGGUCUUUUUCUUUCUCUUCUUCAUAUCAGCAGAGUAUUUCCUUCUCACCAUCAUGGGCUAUGACCGCUACGUUGCCAUCUGCAAGCCCCUGCACUACAGGACCCUCCUGGGCAGCAGAGCUUGUGCCCAGAUGGCAGCAGCUGCCUGGAGCAGUGGCUUUCUGUAUACUGUCCUGCACACGGCCAAUACAUUUUCAGUGCCCCUCUGCCAAGGCAAUGCUGUGGACCAGUUCUUCUGUGAAAUACCCCACAUCCUCAAGCUCUCCUGCUCAAAGUCAUUCCUCAGGGAGGUUGGGCUUAUUGUAGUUAGUGUUUCUUUAGUCUUUCUUUGUUUUGUUUUCAUCGUUUUCUCCUAUGUGCAGAUCUUCAGGGCAGUGCUCAGGAUCCCCUCUGAGCAAGGCCGGCACAAAGCCUUUUCCACGUGCCUCCCUCACCUGGCUGUGGUCUCCCUGUUUCUCAGUACUGGCACGUUUUCCUACCUGAAACCCCCCUCCAUCUCCUCCCCGUCCCUGGAUCUGGUGGUGGCAGUUGUGUACUCAGUCUUUCCUGCAGCUCUGAACCCCCUCAUCUACAGCAUGAGGAACCAGGAGCUCAAGGACGCAGUGAGGAUACUCUUUGGAUACAUGCUUCUUCAUCAGUAA